AUGGAGGACAUAAUUAAUGAAGUGGAAUUGACUUCUCUUUUUAACAAGAUAUCAGAAGGGUCUAAAACCAUCCAUUUUGAGGAUGCCUUGGAAAUAAUAUAUAAAAUGGGUUAUGUCCCUUCAAAAGAAGAUAUAAAUGAAUUUAACAACAUGACAAAAGGUGUUUGUUCUUUAUCCAAUAUAAAAAAAUUCUGCAAUAAAAUAAGAUCAUUGAAUUAUUCAACUGAAGGCCUGAUUGAUAUAUUUCAUUUUUAUGAUACAAAUAAAACCGGAAAAAUUUCUAAAGAAAAACUUAAACUUUUAUUUACCACUGUUGGUUCAAAAAUGUCGGUUGAAGAGAUGGAUACCAUAAUAAAUGAAUUAUGUAAUAACGAUGAAAACAUAGACUAUAAGGAGUUUCUAAACAGGAUAUUAAAUUAG